CCAAGUGCCCUAGUAAAUGUUGUGUUUUGGUUCAUAUUGGCCAGUCGUACGCGUUUAAACUCGUUUUGCCUUGCCGUCGUGAGCCUCCCAGGCGUAUUAAUAUUAAAUACGAGUUCUUAAGCCGUGCAAACGCGCGUCUGCCUUGGGAAAAUCUCCGCUUUAUACAGCGUUAGUGAGCUUGUUGGUUGCCUCCAGCCACCGGGAGCCCCAUGUCCUCCGACCCGGGCUGGAGCUCCGCGGUCUCGGCCUGGCUCUUCUCCAGCUCCUGGUGGCCGCUCCUGCCCUUCGUCAUGCUUUUAGUGGUCGCUGCUUUCGUCGUGGCCUUCGUCCUGCUGCUCUACAUGAUAUCUCCUCUGAUCAGCCCCAAACCGCUCAAACUCAACGGGGCCCAUGUCGUGGUGACUGGUGGCAGCAGUGGCAUUGGGAAGUGCAUCGCCAUCGAGUGCUAUAAACAAGGUGCCUUCAUCACUCUAGUGGCGCGUGAUGAGAGCAAGCUGGUUCAAGCGAAGAAAGAAGUGGAGAAAUGCGCCAUAAAUGAUAAACAGGUGGUGCUGUGCAUUUCCGUCGACGUGUCCAAAGAUUACAGCCAAGUGGAGAGUGUAAUAAAACAGGCUCAGGAGAAGCUGGGCCCGGUGGACAUGCUGGUGAACUGCGCAGGGAUUUCCGUCUCUGGGAAGUUUGAAGAAGUGGACGUGGAGCGCUUCCGGAGUCUGAUGGAGGUGAAUUAUCUGGGCAGUGUGUAUCCGACGCGGGCCGUCAUCACCACCAUGAAGGAGCGGAGGAUGGGCAGGGUCGUGUUCGUUUCCUCUCAGGCCGGACAGCUCGGCCUGUUUGGAUACACUGCGUACUCCGCCUCCAAAUUCGCCCUGAGGGGGCUCGCUGAGGCCCUGCAGAUGGAGGUGAAGCCCUAUAACAUCUAUGUCACAGUGUCUUACCCUCCUGACACUGACACGCCAUGCCUGACAGAGGAGAACAAGACCAAGCCUUUAGAGACCAAGCUGAUCUCGGAGACGUCUGGAGUGUGUCAGCCUGAGCAGGUGGCCAAAGUCAUCGUUAAAGACGCGGUGCAGGGGAACUUUAACAGCUCUGUGGGUCCUGACGGCUACAUGCUCUCAGCUCUGACCUGUGGGAUGUCCCCCGUCACCUCCAUCACUGAAGGACUGCAGCAGAUCGUGACCAUGGGCCUCUUCCGCACCAUCGCUCUCUUCUACCUGGGCAGUUUCGACAGCAUCGUCCGCCGCUGCAUGAUCCAGAGGGAGCAGUCCAAAGCGGCUGAUAAACGAGAGUAAAACCAGAGAGCCCCCCCUACCCCCCCCAAAACACACACAAACACAGCACUGAAAUGAGUGGCCAUUGGAGCAGCACGUAAAAAAAAAUGUUUAUGUUCUCAAUACACACUGUGGUCAAGGCCACUGUUUUUCUUAUUCCAGCUGUCCUUCUCUGUCUUGUGAAGCACUUAAGUGCAGUGACAACUGAGGGUUUUAUUUAACCUCAGAAAUUUGGAAUCAUUUUAAUGUCGAAACUUUUGCGUUUGUGUUUUCGUGGCACAAACAAGGAGAAUUAUCCAUGAGGUUAGUGAGUUUACUUUGGAAUUCCUGCCUUUUUUGCCCAUU